UUCAAAUCGGUUUUUCAAAUCUUAGGCUAUAUAAGUGAGAGCGAAUAUCCUGCCUUUCAGUUUUUAGUUGAACAAUAGAAUAGAAAUAAAGUGAGGAAUUAUAGUAAAUAAAAUUUACGCAUCUACUGCCGCAAUGUGUCGUACGAACUCUCUAUUUUAUAUGUGUAUACAUAUUUUUAUUGCUUCUGUGAAGUGGACCGACGGUUUUCGGAAUUGCAAUGCUAUGUAUUCGAGAAGGGGAAUAAGACUACGCAAUGCAACAAAUGGAUGGAUUGAAGAAUAUUCUAGAUGCUUUAACGAUGCACCAAAGUUCGAUAAAGUGGAUGCGAUGUACGUUAGUGUGUCACUAUACGACCUAAUCAAACACAUACCGGGAAAUAGAUCACAAGACCUUAGAUUCUUGUAUCUGAGACACGGUAACGUUUCUGUUGUUCGGUGUAACAGUUUUCAGAAAUUUAUAAAUAUCAGCAAAAUAUCGCUUGAAAACAACCGUAUACAGGUAGUAGAAGAAAAUGCGUUUCUUAAUUUGAGCAAAUUACACUCCAUAGAUCUUUCCGACAAUGACAUAGAAGAGAUCGGUACAUCUGUGUUUUGCAAUCUUCCGAAGCUUGAAACAGUUUUCUUGUACAAUAACAGAUUGCACUACAUUGCCGGAGAUGCGUUUGUCUCUGUUGGCUCGGAAUCACUCAAUUUCAAACUAUCCUUACAAAACAACAGUCUGGCAACCCUUCACGAGGAUAUGUUACCACUAAUCACCAGAAGUCUCGAGAGUGUACAUGGAGACACGCUUAGAGGAAAUGCCUGGCGGUGUGACUGUUCCCUCUACUGGAUGAUUACGUUGGUUCAGAGUUAUAAUGUGACAGGAAACCUUGUAUGUAAUGAACCGAAACACAUACAAAUGCUUCAAUUUGACCUGGAAGAUUUAGUAUGUGAAAAGAAACAGACACAGAUAGGACCGAAGUUGGCAAUCGUCGGAAUCAUUUUAGCUUGCAUUGUAGUUGUAAUUGGAGCUUGUGUGGUAUUAGUAGUUUGGUUGUGUCGGAAGAAGGCAGGGAGAAAAACGAAACGUUUUAAGGUGUCAGAGAACAGACAUUACUACAGACCGCAAUCUGUGACAGAUAUAUCCGGGUUGUCUGUAUCACCAGGUAGUCCCCAUGUAAAUAGCUACAAUCAGGAAAGUAAGCUGGAUGUAGGGUUUACGGAACUCGCCUUGUAUGGUAAAGUAAGGCUUGUGAAACUGCUAGGGCGUGGGGCAUUUGGUGAAGUAUACGAGGGGUUUGAAGGUGGCUUCAACAAUACCGGAAGGAAAGUGGCCAUAAAAAGAAUAAAAGACAAUGCAAGUGCAGAAGAAGUCGAAAGCCUGGUGAAAGAAUGUAAAAGUCUAAAAACAGUCGGCUCACAUCAAAACAUAAUUGAGGUGUACGGGUCUUGUGUAAUUAAUGGUUCCCGUGCAAUAGUUAUGGAACUGGCUGAGGACGGAGACCUACGGAAGUAUUUGAGAGAGCACUAUGAAGCAAACAGAACCGUAAUACAAAACCUUGACAGCUCUGAGGAGAAAUCGUAUCUAUUGUCACAGUGUUCACGGCUGUAUAUAUUCAUGUGGCAAAUAGCGAAAGGAAUGGAAUAUUUGAACAGCUUGAAGAUUUUACAUCGUGACCUUGCUGCUAGAAAUAUUUUGCUUUCAAAAGGACCGAUCGCAAAGAUAUCCGACUUUGGCUUAUCACGUGAUAUUUACGAAUCGGACUACUACUUUCAAGAACUAGGGGGAAGACUACCGUACAAAUGGAUGAGUCCAGAGUCUCUUAUAAAUGGAAAGUAUACUACUAAAAGUGAUGUGUGGUCUUAUGGUAUUCUUCUCUGGGAGAUGGUAACUCUCGGCAGCAGUCCAUACCCGGGCAUUCUACCCGAUAUGUUAAUAUCCAUGCAUAACUCGGGAUAUAUAAUGCCACAGCCAUCUCUUUGUCCUAGUGAUAUCUAUUCCAUCAUGGUAGAAUGUUGGAAAUAUACGCCAGAUGAAAGACCAAUUUUCAAGAAACUUGUUUUAGAUUUGGACGAUGUUAUUCAGACAGAAACAAAACAGCCGUAUAUAACUUUGUCAAAGGAGUAGCCAGGGAAGUUGAUGUCAAUGGAUGAAAAAUUAUGAGACAUCAGUGAAUACAAAGAUUUUUCACAGAAAAAAGAUCGAUCAUUAGAAAUAGCAAUAGCUAACUUUACGACGAGUAUCAAUGAACUAUAUCAUCAUAUGUGUGAUUAUGUACAGAAAUGUGUUUUUAAAAUACAAGGACAGUUUACAGACUCAUGUAUAACUCAUUGUGUAACAUUCUCUGACAAAUAUUGCUUCAAUUUGAUUUGAUUUUUAUUGUAUUACUUUCCUUGGUUUAUGUUUCUUAUAAAUAUUUAUCAUUUUAAAAGUUGCAGCACUAUUACAUGUUUUGUGUUUCAAUAAAACAAAAUAUUUAUGUUUCAACAGAUUACCAUUUUUGAUAUCUGUAUAUCAAAACUUGAAUACUAUUCUAAGAAUAACAAAUAAUAAAAUCUGUAAAAAGUAGUUUAAAUGACAUCUUCAAGCUU